AACAUGGAUACAAUCUGAAAACAAUGAAUCUUUUUUUUUUUUUUUCUUCUUCUUUAUUAUAUAUUUUUCCCUCAUCUGUGAAUAGAAAUUUGUUAUACAGUACUUGCUCGUCAAUAUAUAAAAAUGUCUUUGGUCUUACGUGAAGUGGUGGUGACUGUUUUAAAGUAAGAAUUCACAGGGCGGGGCGCCAUGGCUCAGGUGGUAGAGUGGUCAACUCCCAACCCGAAGGUUCCAUUCUUCUCCUCUGUGACCAUGUCCAAGUAUCCUUGAGCUAAGUACUGAACGCCCAGUCGCUUCUGAUGCUGCGUCGUCGUCGUCGUCUUUGAAGCCACCUCCAAGGUAGAAAGGCGCCAAUCAAGCGAAAGCUCAUUUACAUCACUUGACUGCUAUUAUUAAAACUAAAGUGCUAAUGUUGGUCACAAAAUGGAAACUAAAACAUAAACAUGCACAUCAAAAUGCAAGUUAUAUUUGAGUGUAAAAUUGAGUUCGCCUCUGUUAAAAUAGUUAAGAUAGCAUAACAUUUUAUAACGUUGAUUGUUAAUUUUGUUAGAUUUUUAAUACGUUUAGCCCGGGUUACGCUUGUUAUUUCACACCUGACCGACAGAGAGCAACGAAUGUAAAUUGGCUUGGUUUCAAAUGAGCGUCGAAGAAGAGUCACUUCCGUGUCAACACAAACUUGUACAAGCAACAUGGCGGCGCUGGACGGAAUAAAGCGUCUGGAAUAUUUAUCUUUGGUAUCCAAAGUGUGCACCGAGUUGGAAAACCAUCUCGGAAUAAGCGAAAAGGAUCUUGCUGAAUUCAUCAUCAGCCUGGCAGAUAAACAUCCAACAUUGGAGGCGUUUAAAGCUGCCUUGACACAAAAUGGAGCAGAUUUCACAGAAACGCUCACUACUAAUUUGUUUAGACUUAUCAAAACCAUGCAAACGUCCACUUGUCAAGAACAUGAGCAACAACCCCAGAGUGAACAAGACAAGCUGAAAGAGAAAUAUCCAGCUUUAUGUAAACCAGAUGAUCCCGUGUGGAUGAUUAAGUCACGACACGUCAGCAAAAGCGACGAGCAAGUUGCCGCAGCAGCCAUGAAGGAGCUGGAGAUGCUCAUGCCUCACUGUGCACACCAACUCACCCACAAUAGGUUAAAAUCUGUGAUAUUUAGAGGUCAUAUAAAACAAAUACAACAGCCGGAUGUCAUCGCUCUCAGGACAAACACAACGUUGCACGGCGGCAGUGCAGACGAGGAGCGCGCUCGGAAGCGCCACGGUUCCGGUUCGAGAGAGCGCGACGGCGAGACGACCGGCAAACGGCGACGGAAACGACCGUCCCGCUGGAGCGACCGACCGCCUUGCCCGCCCGGGGACGCCGCCCAGGAGGAAGUCGUCGCGGAGCCAAAGCCCGUCGAGCGUCCUCUGUCCGACGUUCCCGCGGUGGGCGACAUCUACUGCGGGAAAGUGUCCAGCGUGAUGCAGUUUGGAUGCUUUGUGCAGCUGGAAGGCCUUAGGAAGCGCUGGGAGGGCCUGGUGCACGUGUCGGAGCUGCGCAAGGAAGGCCGAAUAGCAGAUGUGUCGACUGUGGUCAGCAGGGGACAAAAGGUCAAGGUCAAAGUGCUGUCCGUGACCGGAACAAAGGCCAGCCUCAGCAUGAAGGAUGUGGACCAGGAAACCGGAGAGGACCUGAACCCAAACCGCAGGAGGAACCUCGACGCCGGCGCCGGCGCCCGGGACGACGCCAUGAGGAAUCCCGACUUUCCUGUGGAGGUCUGCGUGGUGGAGAGCGAGGAGAACCCGAGCGAGCAAAAGAGGAUGGCCAAGAUCACCGACCUGGAAAAGUGGGAGCUCAAGCAGAUGAUCGCCGCCAACGUGCUCCCGAAGGAGGAGUACCCGGAGUUUGACGAGGAAACGGGAAUCCUUCCCAACUUGGACGACGAGGAGGACGUGGACGUGGAGAUCGACCUGGUGGAAGAGGAGCCGCCCUUCCUGCAAGGACAGACCCGAUGGAGCACAAACAUGAGUCCCGUCAAGAUCGUCAAGAAUCCCGACGGCUCGCUGUCGCAGGCGGCCAUGAUGCAGAACGCCCUGGCCAAAGAGCGCCGCGAGCUCAAGCAGGCGGCUCGCGCGGACGAGAUGGACCGCAUCCCGACCGGCCUCCACAAGAACUGGAUCGACCCCAUGCCCGACUACGACGGCCGCCAGAUCGCCGCCAACAUGCGCGGCAUCGGCGCCCUGCCUCCCGAUGUUCCCGAGUGGAAGCGGUACGCCUUCGGGGGGAACCAGGUGUCGUACGGCAAGAAAACGGAGCUGUCCAUCGUGCAGCAGAGGGAGAGUCUUCCCAUCUUCAAACUUAAGGAGCAGCUGGUUCAGGCCGUCCACGACAACCAGAUCCUGAUCGUGGUGGGCGAGACCGGCUCCGGGAAGACCACGCAGAUCACGCAGUACCUGGCGGAGGCGGGAUACACGGCGCGCGGGAAGAUCGGCUGCACGCAGCCUCGCCGCGUGGCCGCCAUGUCCGUCGCCAAGAGGGUCUCCGAGGAGUUCGGAUGUCGGCUGGGCCAGGAGGUGGGCUACACGAUCCGUUUCGAGGACUGCACCAGCACGGAGACGCUGAUCAAGUACAUGACUCACGGGAUGCUGCAGCGCGAAUGUCUGAUCGACCCCGACAUGAGCCAGUAUUCCCUCAUCAUGCUGGACGAGGCCCACGAGAGGACCAUCCACACCGACGUCCUCUUCGGUCUGCUCAAGAAGACGGUGCUGAAGCGCAAAGACCUGAAGCUGAUCGUGUCGUCGGCCACGCUGGACGCCGUCAAGUUCUCGCAGUACUUCUUUGAGGCGCCCAUCUUCACCAUCCCGGGCAGGACGUUCCCGGUAGAGAUCCUCUACGCCAGGGAGCCCGAGACGGACUACCUGGACGCCAGCCUCAUCACCGUCAUGCAGAUCCACCUGACCGAGCCUCCCGGCGACGUCCUCGUGUUUCUGACCGGCCAGGAGGAAAUCGACACGGCCUGCGAGAUCCUCUUCGAGCGCAUGAGGAUGCUCGGCCCCGACGUUCCCCAGCUCAUCAUCCUCCCCGUUUAUUCCGCUCUGCCCAGCGAGAUGCAGACCAGGAUCUUUGAGCCGGCGCCGCUCGGCAGCAGGAAGGUCAUCAUCGCCACAAACAUCGCCGAGACGUCGCUGACCAUCGACGGCAUCUACUACGUGGUGGACCCCGGCUUCGUCAAGCAGAUUGUUUACAACUCCAAGUCGGGCAUCGACCAGCUGGUGGUGACGCCCAUCUCGCAGGCGCAGGCCAAGCAGCGUUCGGGCCGCGCCGGCAGGACGGGUCCCGGCAAGUGUUACCGGCUGUACACGGAGCGGGCGUACAGGGACGAGAUGUUGACCACCAACGUGCCGGAGAUCCAGAGGACCAACUUGGCCAGCACGGUGCUCUCGCUCAAGGCCAUGGGCAUCAACGACCUGCUGGCCUUCGACUUCAUGGACGCUCCUCCCAUGGAGACUCUGAUCACGGCCAUGGAGCAGCUUUACGCUUUGGGGGCGCUGGACGACGAGGGGCUCCUCACGCGACUCGGUCGGAGGAUGGCAGAAUUCCCUCUGGAGCCCAUGUUGUGCAAGAUGUUGAUCAUGUCCGUGCAUCUGGGCUGCAGCGACGAGAUGCUCACCAUCGUGUCCAUGUUGUCCGUGCAGAACGUCUUCUACAGGCCCAAGGACAAGCAGGUCCAGGCGGACCAGAGGAAGGCCAAGUUUUUCCAGCCCGAGGGCGACCAUCUCACCCUGCUGGCCGUCUUCAACUCGUGGAAGAACAACAAGUUCUCCAGCCCCUGGUGCUUCGAGAACUUCAUCCAGGGUCGCUCGCUCAAGAGAGCGCAGGACAUCCGCAAGCAGAUGCUGAGCAUCAUGGACAGACACAAAUUGGACGUGGUGUCUUGCGGCAAGUCGACCAUGCGCGUCCAGAAAGCCAUCUGCAGCGGUUUCUUCCGGAACGCCGCCAGGAAGCACCCCCAAGACGGCUACCGCACCCUCAUCGACCAGCAGGUGGUGUACCUCCACCCGUCCAGCACGCUCUUCAACCGCCAGCCCGAAUGGCUGGUGUACCACGAGCUGGUGCUGACCACCAAGGAGUACAUGCGCGAGGUGACCACCAUCGACCCGCGUUGGCUGGUGGAGUUCGCGCCGGCCUUCUUCAAGGUGUCCGACCCGACGCGCCUCAGCAAGCAGAAGAAGCAGCAGCGUCUGGAGCCUCUGUACAACCGCUACGAGGAACCCAACGCCUGGAGGAUCUCCAGAGCCUUCCGCCGACGCUGACAACUGCUCUCGUGGCAGCGGACGCGUCGUCAUUUUUAAGCUCGGGAUGUGAUAUCAUUUUAUUUUCAGAUUAUCGUAUGGUAAGAUGAUUUUUUUGUUUUCUUAAUAUGACAUGAUUUGUACUAAUCGUGUCAUAAAAGUUGUCAUACUAUAAUGACAUAGUAAUACAUUGUUGGUAUUAAGACAAUUUUAACAUCAUUUAUAAAAUGAUGAAUAGUAAUUUUUAAUGACGUUAAGACAUUAACAUUAAUAAUGUCUUGCUACAAACUAUAUAUUACUAUCUCAUAUUGACAUUUCUUGACUAGGUUCCCAAUCUACAAAUUGUCAUAUGAAAAAUCAUCUCACUGUACGUUAAUUGUAGGACAUUUUAUAAUGGUGUAUUGUGAUACAUUUUUCAAAAUGAUAAACAUUUCAUGGUGCAAGCAUAUAAAAAAUGUCAUACAAUGUAUAUAAAUAUGUAAAUAAAUACAGCAUGUUGUA